AUGUCAAAGACAGAAAAGUCUAAAAGAUGGCAUACGGCCCAGAGAUUCCUCAAGUCUUACGAUCCGUUCACAACCGAGAAUAUCAUGUCGAUACGUUCGCCAGACUGUACAUUUUUCUACUUUCCUCCAACCCCAGGUCAUAAACCAUGGACCAACAAAAUGGUCUAUGACUUCUAUAAGCCACUGGAAAAGGGAAUGGACCGUAUGGAUAUCGAGGUGUAUCGCAUGAUCGAGGACCCGGAACAGAACACCAUGGAUGUCUGGAUUACAAUGCGUGUGCACUGGAAAAAGGAGUUACGCAUCGAGCCAUACGAAGGCACAUAUGUAUGGGGUCUUGAAUUCAGUCCUGACCAGGAGCAAGUGUCCAAGUUCCUCGAGCAUGUUGAUCGCAGUGUGACUCCCAUAAUUUGGCAGAAAUAUUGCGAAGGCCAAAAGUUGCUGGGUGGUCCACCCCCAACGUUACCGUCGUUCGACUGA